AUGUCGAAGAUCACUGUCGCCGGAGUGCGCACCAACGUGCAGGAGCUCCUCAACUACUCCCUCAAUGAGAAGAAGCGCAACUUCCUCGAGACCGUCGAGCUCCAGAUCGGCCUCAAGAACUACGACCCCCAGCGUGACAAGCGUUUCUCUGGUACCGUCAAGCUCCCCAAGGUCCCCCGCCCCAACAUGGCCAUCUGCAUUCUCGGUGACCAGCACGAUAUCGACCGUGCCAAGCACGGCGGUGUUGACGCCAUGUCCGCUGAGGACUUGAGAAAGCUCAACAAGAACAAGAAGCUGAUCAAGAAGCUCGCUCGCAAGUACGAUGCCUUCAUCGCUUCCGAGGCUUUGAUCAAGCAGAUUCCUCGUCUCUUGGGCCCCGGUCUUUCCAAGGCCGGCAAGUUCCCUACCCCCGUCUCUCACUCUGAGGACCUUUCUGGCAAGAUCACCGAGGUCAAGUCCACCGUCAAGUUCCAGCUGAAGAAGGUUCUCUGCAUGGGUGUCGCUGUCGGCAACGUCGACAUGACCGAGGAUGAGCUGAUCGGUAACAUCAUGUUGUCCAUCAACUACCUCGUCUCUCUUCUCAAGAAGGGCUGGCAGAACGUUGGAAGCUUGACCAUCAAGGCUUCCAUGUCUCCCCCCAAGCGCGUCUACUAG